UGUUGGUAAAGUGUGCGCAUGCAUGUUGUGUUGCGAGCUAAUUGCUAAACACACCCAUUUUUGUGUUUCUUCAAUGGCCGCUUCAAACUGUUAAUUAAUUAGUCAGAUCUUAAAGUGGAGUUUGUCUUGGAACUUUUUACAAAGUGUGUGGAAAAAUGAAUCAGCAUAGAAGCGAAAAACAGCUUGCCUACUUGUACCCGCUUAUUGCAACGUUGUCUUUCAUAUGUUGCAUAUCAACAACUGUGGCCUGGCAGCAUUGGCAAUAUGUUCUAGACACCUGCAUCGAGAGGAAUUGUGGUUGCAUUUUACAUGGCCGAUCCACUCCAACUUACUUUACCGGGGGUCACGUAGCCUACUGCCACUGGGCAUCAUAUGGGCUGGUGCUGCCCAUAAUUUUCUGCUUCAUCUUUGGUAUAUUUCAUGUGUCGCGUGUGUUUUUCGGUGGUCAUAGACGACGCCCUGGAACCGCAACAGUGAGGCAAAGAUCGGGCGAUAUAAUCGUGAUGACCACCAAAGCCGACGUGGAAGAGGACGACAUUAACCCUUACUAUUGGAUCCCCGCAAGUGUUGUCGGUAGCCUUAUGGCCGUGUUGACACUUGUGCAUGCCGCAAUGUAUUUAGAUGGGUUUCUCAAUACCUGCAAGCAGCAACGCUACGAGCUUAUCAAAUACAUUCAUGCCAAUGGUAGCCUAGUGCCGAUUAUACAAAGUCGUAUAUCAUGCUCAUCGGUGUUAGACUUUAUGGACUAUCUUCAUUUGGACGUGUCGUUCGAUCGACGACGCGAGGGACGUAUCAACACAGCCGCUGCAUUGAUCAUUGGUUUAAUUUGCUCCUGGACCUGCAUAGCACUGUGGAUUUGGACUGUAGUCAUCAAUGCGAAACGAGCAACUACAAGCAGGAAAUUGCGUAUCUAACACGAUCUACAGAGUAAUCUAUAAUUCGAUUUUAUUUCCUCGUGAAACAGUGCAAAUAGUUGGUUUUAAUUAUUUUAUCUGCCAGCUAUUAAGAGAGUGCCUUUCUAUGAUCAAAUGAAUGAUAGUGACUCGAUUUUGAUAGUGUCACAUUUCAGCCAUCCUUAAUUUUAACAUUUGAACUUUCUUUGCGUAUUCAUUCGUAUUCAUAAUAAUAAUAAUAAUAAUAAUAAUAAUGAAGAGACCCUGAACAUUGUUGAACGGAAUAAAGUACGCUUGACUAUGUUCUUA